CCUGCAUCCAGCCAACUCACAUCAGACAGGAGACGGAGGACUAAGAACAACUUGCUCUUAUCCACUUUGCUCUAAAUCUUGUUUUUAAAAUUUGCUUUGAUUCUAUCUGCCCGGGAGCUGACAGCUACAUUUGACAGGCUGGCAGGUGUUUUUACCAUGUCUCCUAAAGGAGGAACACUUUGCAUUCUUUUCAUCUUGGCCUGUGCAGCCUUGGCUAAGCCACCAGAUGGGAUCAAUGACAUUUCCAGGAGAAUGAUGAAGAAGUGCCUGAACAAUGUGUACCCGGAGCCUAAGAUGCAGCUGAAAACUCUCUUGGAGAAUUGUGACACGGCAGAGGUGGACCUGCUCUCUUCCUACACAGACAUGAUUUCAGGCUCUUCCAACAAAGACCCACAAGUGGAUAUUAUGACAUACAGGAAAUGUCUUCUGGCCACAAUCAAGCUGAUGAGGAACUCCUCCAUGGCAUUUUCAUGUCACAUGCAAGCAUUUCUGGCCCCUCUGUCCUGGCAGAUGUUGACCAAAUAUGAAAACAUGACACCAGAGGAAUAUGACACACUGUUGUCGGCCUCCAAACCUGCUCUGGAGAAUUUGCAAUCUGCAGGAAUGAAACUUCCUAGUGAUGUAGGAAAGCCUGAAAACCUGGAAAAUAUGAUGAAGGCGCUAAAGGAGAAAUUUACUGGCAUGUCUAAAGACCAAACCACUCAGGUGGUAAAAUGGGAAAAAGAGCAGAUCAUGGAGAUGUACUUCAACUGUACAACAAGGCCAGCACCUGAUCCAAGAUCAGGCAAGAGGCAAAAAGACAACACCAAUGAAAUCAGUUUGAUGGAGCGCUGCAAACCUCAAACAAAAUGGCUGGGCAUGAACGCGUUGACCAUGAUGGGACCUUACGUCGCCAAUUUAGCACCAAACGAUGUUGAUUCUGCUCCCAAGGAGGAGCUGUGUAAAUUCUUCGGCUCACAACAGUUUAAAUCCGCCACGAACAUGACCAGCGGAAUGAAUCCCAGCCUGGGCAGGAAGUUUCUCCAAAGAUUUAAAGAGUGCUUCAAGAACGAGGAGGAGUUUGCUGGGAAUGUGGACAAGCUCGGCAUACUGGCCUGUCAUUUUUCCAAUGCUCCAGAUUUGGAUUCUGAGUUCAGCAAAAAACUCCUCUCUGAACUCAACAACUGCGACGAAGACAGAAACCCCAAAAUCAAGAAGCUGAAGAAGCAUCUUGUCAAGGCAGUGUUGUCAAAAACAAACAGCACUGAAGCAUUAAAGUUGUUGGGCAAAGAUGUUGCCUCAUUGUCUCCCUCAGAUCUUUCUAAGUUCUCUGAAAAUGAUCUCAAAAAAGUCUUGCUAAAACUGGGAUCCAGCGUCCAAUGGACUCGGGCCCAGAUGCGCGUCCUAGGAAAGAAACUGCAGGACAACAUGUGUAAAACAAAUAUUUCCGGUGAGGAUCUGGUGGCCUUUAUGUCCGUUGCAGAAGGUUUGCCAAGAUGUGCGUUUAAGCAUGUCAAGGAGAUUCUGAAUAACACAGAGGGGAUGAAGGACAUCUCCCAGAGGACGAGAAAGGGGCAGCGAAUGGCCAUGCUGCAGCAGCUGUUUGGAGAUGUGACUCCCUCAGUGCUGGUGCAGAAGUUGUCCGGACCAUUGCUAAACAGUCUUCCUCUGAACAAACUAGACAAAGCGAACAUCAGCUCUAUGGAUCAAGUGGGGAAUAAAACAUGGAGUCGGUCCCAGGCAGCUUUCCUGGCAAAAAAGAUGCUUCGUCAAAUGAAGCUUUGGUAUAGAGUUAAGAACCUGCGCUCAGUCAUGCAGGGAAUAAUCUGUAAGAUGAUCGACGAAGUAUCAGACAGUGAUACCCGGGACAUGGCUCAGGCUUUAACAGAGACUCCGCAGUUGCUCUCCAAAGCACAAGCAGGAUGCGCUGCCCGGAAGCUGUUUGCGACUUUGGAGAAAGAGAGAGCUGACUACUUCAAAAACAUCACUGAGGAGGAGAUGAAAAACAUCUCCACAUGCUUACUCCUUCACCUGCCGCCUUCGAAGGUGAAUGAUUUGCCUGCCUCUGUGUGUCCCACCUUCCUCAACAAGCUAGAAGAGGCUGACCUGAGCUCAUUACCUCUACGCUCCAAGUCUCGCCCCGCACUCACCAAGAGAGCUCUGCUUUGCCUGGGGACAGACCUAUCUUUGCUGACCAAGCAGGACGUGUCCAUGCUUGGACCACUUUUAUGUGAGCUUUCGCCUUCCCAACUGAAACUCAUGGCCCCUGAAGUCCUCAAAUCCAGCAUCUAUGCCAUGGCUUCCUGUCAGCAAAUUUCUCCUCGCCACGUAGCAGAUUUGGUUCAGCUGGCCAAAAAUACUUCUGGGGAUCCAUCUGAUUGGUCAGCUGAGACCAUGGAAGCACUGGGUCCUUGGAUCCUUUUGGAUGACAAUGAGACAUCUGCUCUGCCCAAUAAGCCUUGGAUGAAGGAUGUUCUCUACUACUUGAAGGCAAAACUGAAACACCACUCCAAAGCCCUUGGAAAAAAAAUCUUUGAUCUCACCACAACCGAAUCAAAUGCAGCACGUAAAAAGAGAGCAGCCAACCUCAGUGGUAAAAAAAUCACUGUGGAGUUGAUUGAAGAACUGGGAAUGGAUAACAUCUACUGGUCAGUUGAACAGCUGGAGGGGAUGUCAGACCAAACCUUCCUUGAUUCUGUAGAAUUCCUCGGAGAUGUCCCCGGCUACAACGCAGACCAACUGGCCGUGCUCAAAAAGAAAGCAGAUAAGAACUUUGGCACAGACAUAACUGAGAGUGAGGUGAGGCAGUUGGGAUGUAUAACUCGGGGAUUCUCCAAUGAAGCCCUAGAGAUGCUCCCCUUCUCACUGGACACUCUCGAGGACACUGCAAACUGUGGCUGGAAUGGGUCCCAGAUGGAGUCAGUGUGGAAGGGUGCUUUGAAACAUAACAAUGUGACAGCGCAGAAGCUGGAAGCAGCAGACAUAGUGACGCUGAGCCAGUUCAUCUGUGGCCUCAACUCCAACGAGAUCAAACAGCUGAGCAUUGACGCCUUCAAGGACGCUGUGGGCUCAAUGGGAAAUGUUGCAUGCUCCUACAGUAAAUUACAGGAGUUGAAACUUCUUGCUGUGUCUGCGUUUGGAAAGCCUAACAACUGGACUGAAGCACAAGUGGAUGAGCUGGGCAACAUCGCCGCUGGUUUGGAUGCAGCUGAGAUUGUUUCUUUGAAGCUGUCAGUCUUCUCAUUCAUCAGCAAGACCAGCAUCGCGCUCAUACCACCUCACAUCUUUGCUGCUCUCACUGUUGAUCAGCUGUUGUCUCUUGGACCUGACAAUGCUGCCAUGGUAACCCCGGGACAGCGUGCGGUGAUGUCAGAAGAGCAGCUGGCCACUCUUGAAAGAGCCGUGACCGGGUCACCUGACGAAGCACGAAGUGUUGACCAGUCAGGAGCUCCAGCGAUGAGUGUCGGGGGGAUCUCAGCCUUCAUGAAGCCACUGCUGUUCCUCCUCCUGGGUUUGCUGUUGCUGUGAGAACAGAGAACAGCACAUGCAGUUGCAAAACAAGCAGGAGCUACUAACCACCCACAAGCAGCCUCGUUAAGCUAUAGGGACAUCCAACUCUUAACUGCGAUGAAGACACGCUUUUUUUUUCAGAUUUUCUGAAAUCCUUUGUAGUGUAGUAUAGUGCAGUGUGGCUGUAGUAAACAUUCAAGUACACAACAUAAUCAUGACAUAUUAAACUGUGUAAGAAACCUUUAUUAUUGCCUUUAAAUAUGCUGUCUCUAUAUUUCUAUAAGAAAGUAUAUUUUAAUAGGAUGAAAGGUAAUAUUUAAUGUUUGUCAGUCAGGUCAUUUCUUUGUGGGAUUUCUUUGAUACUGUGUACUGUAAGAAUGAAAAAUGACAAAUGAAUAUCUCAAUAAAGAAUAGUAACAUUA